AUGGACCUACAGAAUGACUCCUUGGUGACAGAUUUUGUGUUGCGUGGACUCUGCACUUCACGACAUCUCCAGUACUUUUUCUUUGUAUUUUUUUCCAUGCUCUAUGUGGCGAUUGUGCUCGGCAAUCUUCUCAUUGUGGUUACUGUCAUUUCUAACUCUCACUUACACUCUUCUCCUAUGUACUUCUUGUUGGGGAACCUGUCUUUUCUGGACAUGUGGCUGGCCUCAUUUGCCACCCCCAAGAUGAUCAAGGAUUUUCUCAGCGAUAAAAAACUCAUUUCCUUUGGAGGAUGCAUGGCUCAGAUUUUCUUCUUGCACUUUAUUGGUGGUGCUGAGAUGGUGUUGUUAGUUUCCAUGGCUUAUGACAGGUACGUAGCCAUAUGUAAACCUUUACAUUACAUGACCAUGAUGAGCCGAAGGACUUGCAUUGGGCUGGUGUUGGUUUCAUGGACCAUUGGAUUUGUGCACUCCAUCAGUCAAAUAGCUUUCACUGUGAAUUUACCUUACUGUGGCCCCAAUGAAGUAGACAGCUUUUUCUGUGACCUCCCACUGGUGAUCAAGCUUGCUUGCAUGGACACGUAUGUCUUGGGCAUACUAAUGAUCUCAGAUAGCGGGUUGCUUUCCAUCAGCUGUUUUGUGCUCCUUAUGAUUUCUUACACUGUUAUCCUUGUCACUGUUCGAAGACGUGCAACUGGAGGGGUAUCCAAAGCACUCUCUACUUGCUCUGCACACAUCAUGGUGGUCACACUCUUUUUUGGGCCCUGCAUCUUCAUUUAUCUCUGGCCUUUUAGUCGGUUCUCUGUGGAUAAGCUCCUGUCUGUGUUUUAUACAAUUUUUACUCCACUCUUGAACCCACUUAUCUACACAUUAAGAAACGAAGAGAUGAAAGUAGCUAUGAAGAAACUGAGAAACCAGUAUGUGACUUUUCAUUAA